CUCUGCCCAAGGAAUGGGGUGGCCUGUCCUGUGGGCCCUUGGGGCUCUCUUGUGCCUUUGUGCCUCCCAGAUCUUGGGUCAGGAGGGAAGCACCUGUCCAGAUGUCAAGAUCUUGGGUCUUGGGGCCCAGGACAAGAUGGCCAUCAUUCAAAGUUGCCCUGGCUUUCCUGGCCCACCAGGGUCCAAAGGGGAGCCUGGCAGCCCUUCUGGAAGAGGAGACCGAGGACCCCAGGGCAGCCCAGGAAAAAUGGGGCCUCCUGGCAACAAAGGAGAGCCUGGAGCCAGAGGCACCCCUGGAGUCAAAGGGGAGAAAGGUGACCAGGGGGCCACAGGAUCCCUGGGUGAGAAGGAGCUGGAGAACACGCUGUGCCAAACGGGGGCCCGGAGCUGCAAGGAUGUGCUGACCCGGGGGGUCUUCCUGACCGGCUGGUACACCAUCUACCUCCCCGAUUGCCGGCCACUCACCGUGCUCUGUGACAUGGAUGUAGACGGUGGCGGCUGGACCGUUUUCCAGCGACGAGUAGAUGGCUCUGUCAAUUUCUUUCGAAACUGGGAAUCCUAUAAAAAUGGCUUCGGCAAUCUAGGCACUGAGUUCUGGCUGGGCAAUGAUUACCUGCACCUGCUUACAGCCAAUGGAAACCAGGAACUUCGGAUCGACCUGCAGGAUUUCCAAGGUAAAGCCACUUUCGCCAAGUACAGCUCAUUCCAGGUGUCUGGAGAACAGGAGAAAUACAAGCUGAUCCUGGGGCAGUUUCUCGGGGGCACUGCAGGAGACUCUCUAACGAAACAUGGGGACAUGCCAUUCUCAACCCACGACCAGGACAAUGACAAGAACAAUGGAAACUGCGCAUCUUUGUUCCAUGGGGCCUGGUGGUAUCAUGACUGUCACCAGUCCAACCUCAAUGGACACUAUCUGCUUGGUUCCCACGAGAGCUACGCAAAUGGCAUCAACUGGCUAUCUGGCAAGGGUCACCGCUACUCCUACAAGGUGGCUGAGAUGAAAUUCCGGGCAUCCUAG